AUGAUAGCAUUUAUUUAGCAAUGGAAACAGAAUUAUGAUACUAAAGAACUUUUUAAUAGAUAAGUUAAAGUCUUCAUCAUAUUAUUUUUAGGAUAUUCCUCACUCCAUUGCAUGAGGACAGGUUGGAGUUUUACAUAAAAAUAUAUAUAAGAUGACCUCCCUGAAAUAACAGACAAAGAUAUUGGAUAUAUGGAUACAGCAUUUUUAUUAUUUUUAGGUAUUGGACUUUACUUCUGCGGAAAUAAAUCUGAUCACUUUAAUCCAAAGAAUUUUUUACUCGCAGGAAUGGUUAUUUCUGCAAGUUGCUUAGCAGGGAUAGGAAUUUUAAGAGUAUUUUUUAUUACUGAGGUAUAUAUUUAUGUUAUACUCUAAGCUUUUAAUGGACUAUUUGAAUCUGCUUGUCUUCCUGGGUAUAUGAGAAUGCUCGGAAAUUGGUAUUCCUCAGAAAAUAGAGGAAUACUUCUAGGUAUUUGGAGCGGUUGCAGAAGCUUUGGUGAUACUUUUGGUUUAUUAAUUGGAGAUUUAGCAAUUUUAAGAUUACACUUUUCGUGGUAUUGGUCUCUUGUAGUCUUUGGAAGUAUUUGCCUCUUUAUGGCUUAUAUUAUUUAUGAAUUUACAUCUGAGAGUCCCUCUUCUACAGGUUUAGCGACUAUUGAGGAAGAUGAACUUGAGGAGAGCUCAGCUAUAAAUCCUAGUUUUAUUAGAAGACCUCUCCAAUAUGUUUCUAAAACUGAAUCCUAAGAAGUGCAGUUAACUAAUAUGGAUGCAGAUGAUUUAGAGAGACUACGUGAAAAAUUAUAGUUAAAGUAUGGUAGCUCAGGCAUUAUAAACCCAACAAGAGUAAAAGAAGAAUACAAAGGAAUUACAGUCUAUGAAGCCCUUUAAAUACCUGGUGUUAUUUGGUAUACUAUAGAUUUUAUGUGCUUAAAAGGUUUGAAUUAUGGUAUUUUAUUUUGGUUCCCAAAGUUUUUGCAACAAAACCACUUGGAAAGCAACAGUUCUGGAAUAAGCAUUAUGUGGAGCUUUGGAGUCUUAAUAGGAGGUAUAGUUAGUGGAUAUGUAGGUGAUAGAUUACACAAAAGAAGAGGAAUUUUGAUGCCUCCCAGUCUCAUACUUUUAGCUUUAUCUCUAUUCUAUUUUCACACUUUAAAUUCUAAAGAAGAUUCCUUGGUAAAUUUCUACAUCACAAGUUUGUUAAUUGGUAUCUUUUUAGGUGGACCAUAUAAUGUGCAGCAUGGGCCAUUAAUCAUAGAUUUAGGGAAACAUUAAGUAUUAAAAGGAAAUUAAUAAGCAAUAGGAACAGUUACUGGAAUUAUUGAAGGAGCUGGUAGUUUAGCAUCUUCUAUCAUUUAGCUUUUAAUCCCAAUUUUUGGUUAGGAAAACAUAUUCCUUUUAUUCAUUGUAAUUACUUUGAUUGCUAUUGUUUUCAUUAUGCCUGUAGCUAUAGAAGACUAUAAAUAUUUAUUAACAAAGCCUAGUUUUUUUAAGAAAUCUAAGCCUAAUUUAACUAUGAACCACGAACUGAAAGAUCUAAGCACAAAAUUAAUAGCUGAUUGA